AUGCGCGACGCUCGCCUAUCAUCUGCAUCUCCGGCUCAAAUUCUGCCCGCCUCGGCGUUCGGCACUGUUCGCGACACGCUCCAUCUUGUUUAUCACCAUAACAAGAAUCAGCACCAAAGUACCAAAUGGUUCAAGUGGCUGGGUAUACUAAGGCGACAGACUCAUAAACUGAUCGUCGAGCUCCAGGCUGCUGAGCACCACGGCCAUCUCGAUUUGACCUUCGACGACCAUGAGGCCAAAAGUAUACGGGAUGCUAUGAUCCAUUUGGAUCGGGACAUCGUGCCUCGAUGUUACGGGGCAUUCUCAAGUGUCAUCCUGGACAAACAAUUCUCCGCAAUGGGCAUGGUGUUACUAGCUGCGUUAGCCGAAAUAUCCGGACUUAUCAAUAAAUCAGGACUUGACUAUGCUUCUUGCCAUCCCUCACUGAAAUCCGAGGCAUUCCAUACAGUUCAUGAUACCGGUGUGGCUACACUACAGCAUGGUCAUCGUAGUCAGGAGGAUAUCGGGGAAUUAGUUGGUCGCUCUGAGAUUAGUGAAAGUCUACCGCCUAGGAAACGAGGGGGAGAAGUGAACGAGACUGAGCCACACAUCUCCGUAAAAGGGCCAGGCCCCCAAGCCAACAAGGGGCGAAAAAGAGGAUUGGGUCAAGAAGACCGUGAGACACGAGGCACUUUGAUGCAAGAAUCACCAGGCGGGGAAAAUCCACAAGCUCCUGACAAAGUAGAAGUGGAAAACCACAGCUCGAAAUUAAGAAAGAAAAAGAGGAGGAAGAAAGGCAAUGCGAUUGAUGAUAUCUUUGGCGAUUUGGGUUGA